AUGGCAAAGCAUCAUCCUGAUUUGAUCAUGUGCCGGAAGCAGCCAGGGAUUGCCAUUGGACGACUUUGUGAGAAAGAUGAUGGGAAAUGUGUGAUCUGCGACUCCCUGGUGCGUCCUUGCACACUUGUGCGAAUUUGUGAUGAGUGCAAUUAUGGAUCCUUCCAAGGUCGUUGUGUUAUUUGUGGAGGAAUUGGAAUCUCUGAUGCUUACUAUUGCAAAGAGUGCACACAGCUAGAGAAAGAUAGGGAUGGAUGUCCAAAAAUCGUCAAUUUAGGGAGUGCAAAGACGGAUUUGUUAUACGAAUGCAAGAAAUAUGGUUUUAAGAGAAGUGAAAACGCCCUACAGUCUUCCUUGGUCAUCGUUGAGCAGCCAGGAAUUGCUAUUGGACGCCUUUGCGAGAAGUGUGAUGGGAAAUGUGUAAUCUGUGACUCCUAUGUGCGUCCUUGCACGCUUGUGCGAGUUUGUGAUGAAUGCAACUAUGGAUCCUUCCAAGGUCGAUGUGUUAUUUGUGGAGGAGUGGGAAUCUCUGAUGCCUACUAUUGCAAAGAGUGCACUCAACAGGAGAAGGAUAGGGAUGGGUGUCCAAAAAUUGUUAAUUUAGGGAGUGCCAAAACGGAUCUGUUCUAUGAACGUAAGAAAUAUGGUUUUAAGAAAAGAUGA